AUUGGAGAUAAAUCAUCCACUUCAGAUCAGGAUAUCUGGGAAGUGUUAAGUCUUUAUGCUCUCUUCUGUCUCAUCAUCAAUGCUGUUCAUCAUGCUUUUCCAGCAUGAUGUUUAGUUUAUAUUUCAGAUUUCCAGCAUUCACAGUGUUUUUCUUUUUGUGUUAGAAGUACUUCUGUUCCAUUAGUUAAUUUUCCUGUCCAGCCCAGUCUCUGCCCUUGGCCACCUCUUGUUUUCCUCGUGUUAGCCAGUGUAAAUUCUUCAUAGAUUCAAUGGGCCAGAUGUCUUGCUCCUGUGCUGUAAUAAUGCUAUAAUCACAACAAUGAGAAUAUGAUUUAGGAAUUGGAUGAGAAAAUUUACAGUCUUCCUGUCUCCAUAUUGAGUUCCAACAAUUCCAGGACGUUACCUCUGCAUCAAACCUAUUUUUUUUUUUACCUUUUUGUAAACUAACCUUUGGUAAUGAGUCUCGUUUAUCCCAUUGUAUAUUUCCUCUGGUCUGAUCUGUUCUUUCUUCAGUUGCCCCAUCACCACUCAAAUAACAGCCAAGUGCUGCAGAUACAUGAAAGAUUAAAUGAAAGCAGAAAUUGCUGGAGAAACUCAUCAGCCUCAGAACCGAAAACAGGCGCUGACUCUGGAAGUGAGAGCUCGGAGUCUCAAGGAGAAACGAGUGAGCCAUCCCAUGUUUCUGAAAUGGAUUUUCUGAGGAACUUGUUGUCGCGUUCACUCGAUCUGCGCGAACGUCAACCUGAUAAGGUUUUGGAAGAACUUAGCAUCGAAGGAAUAGCAAAAUACAUCCUGAACAAAAAAUGUGAGAAGAUUAUAUGCAUGGUUGGAGCUGGCAUAUCAACAUCGGCAGGGAUCCCUGACUUCCGCAGCCCUGGUACCGGCCUCUAUCACAACCUUCAGAAAUACAACCUGCCCUAUCCAGAGGCCAUCUUUGAAACUGAUUACUUCAAGCAACACCCAGAACCGUUCUUUGCACUGGCGAAGGAGCUGUACCCCGGGCAGUUUAAGCCCACCGUUUCCCAUUAUUUCAUGCGGAUGCUAAGGGACAAGGGACUGCUGUUACGAUGUUACACACAGAACAUUGACACGCUAGAACGUGUAGUUGGACUACAGGAUGAGGACUUGAUAGAGGCACACGGGACAUUCUACACCUCCCAUUGCACUAACCGCACGUGCAAUAAGCUGUAUAACUUGGACUGGAUGAAAACACAGAUCUUCACAAAGCCACUGCCAAAAUGCGAAGAGUGCAAUUCUGUCGUGAAACCUGAUAUCGUGUUCUUUGGCGACAGUCUCCCCCAACGAUUCUUUGCGACUAUAGAGUCCGAUUUUCCAAAGUGCGACCUCCUCAUCAUCAUGGGCACCUCCCUGCAGGUGCAACCAUUUGCGUCUCUUGCCAGCAGGGUGUCUGACACAACACCCAGGCUUCUCAUUAACAAGGAAGUCAGUCAACAGGUGGGUACCAGGACUAAAAACGCUCCAGCGGAGCCAUUUUCCAACUUCACUCACUAACCUUGUAUUAACUCUA